UUUAAUAAACUGCCCCAUGAGUCUGUGUAAACCAACAGCCAGAGGCGCCAUGCCCGCAACAUAAUAUGCACAACUACAGGCUCAGAGCUUUACUCUCGGGCUCUAUACGCUCACUCUCUAACCCCACCAAUCGUCGCUUACUUCACUGCUCUCCUUCUAGGCCGAAUGCCAACGCCUUGUUUAACUUACUUGCGCUACUUCCACUUUCUGCACCAAAACGACGCCGUGGCUUCUGCGGCUACGCUGCCGAGCAGUUCUCCGACGACGAGUACGAGUGUGACUAUGAAACCCAUCAGGCGUCAUCAACGGUGGCCAAUAUUGACGAGUGGAAAUGGAAACUCAGUGUGUUGUUACGCAACGAAACUGACCAAGAGAUCAUCUCCAGAGAUAAAAGAGAUAGAAGAGAUUAUGAGCAGAUCUCAAAUCUUGCUAAAAGGAUGGGGCUUUACAGUCAAAUUUAUGGAAAAGUAGUAGUUGCGAGCAAGGUUCCUCUUGCUAAUUACCGGCCGGAUUUGGAUGAUAGGCGGCCACAAAGGGAGGUUGUGAUCCCCCUAAGCUUGCAGAGGAGAGUCGAAGGUCUCCUGCAGGAGCACCUUGAUAGAAUUCAGUUAAGUUCCGGAAAGGUUACUGAGAGUUCAGAUGAAUUGAAGUCCAUUGAUCGGGUUGAAGAUGUGAAUCUGGAUGAAAAUCCAGAUUCUUUCCUCGAUCGGUCUGUUAUGGAGAAGGUUCUUCUGAGGAGGAGUUUGCAAAUGCGAAAUAUGCAAAGAGCUUGGCAGCUUAAGAUACUUAGCUGUAGCAACUUUUUUCUUUGUGACCACUUCUGA